UGAUGAUCUCAUAAAAUAUCAUGUUUCGUCAAAUAAGAAAUUAAAAAAUGAUAUUCAACCUCCAAGAAAAUCAAAUUUUAUUUAUGAUUCAACUUUAAUUGAACGUCAACAUUUUGCUAUUUUUGCUAGUUGGAUUGAUAAGAAAGAAAAUUCACAUUAUGGUGUAAGAAAUAUUCCUUACAAAUUCAAUUUACUUUAUCGUGCUAGUAAAGAUGGUGAUACGCCCGUAAUGUUUCAUAAUAAAUGUGAUAAUAAAGGAGCUACUAUUGUUGUUGCAAAAAUUGCAAAUUCAGAAAGUAUAGUUGGGGGAUAUAAUCCACUUCAAUGGGAUGCAAGCGAUCAAGAUAAAUCUACAUUUGAUAGUUUUAUAUACUUAAUUACAGAUGAAAAAAAUAUCGAAACAGCGAAAAUAGGUUAUAGUAAUGGUAAUAAAUAUUCUAUAAGGAAUUUUUCCAAUCGUGGACCAGGGUUUGGUGGCGGUCCAAAUUUAUAUCGUGAUAGAAAAGGUCCUUGGCAUAGUUCUUUUGACAAUUAUUAUAGUUCAUAUCCUGAAAUUGAUGAUAUACCGGCAAGGUUUGAAGUAGAUGAUUAUGAAGUAUUUCAAGUUAUUAAAAGAUAAUCAAAUUUGUGUAUGAGAUACUAGUA